AAUUUAUAUAUUAUGACUACAAGUAGACCUCCCACUACAUUUGUUAGGAAGACAGCAUCGACUGCACCUGGUGGUGGACAGCUACCUGCGACAAACGUGGCAAAGAAGCUGCCUGGUGGCUGCAAACUAUCGAUACAUAAUGGCAACUUGCUGACUUCGACCGGACUGCAUGACCUCGACGAGAUACUUGGCGGUGGUGUACCCGUUGGCAGUAUAUUGAUGAUAGAGGAGGAUGUCAACAGCAGUUACUACAUGUUCUUACUCAAGUACUUCUUGGCCGAGGGUGUGGCGCAGUCACACGGUGCCUUCUUCACGUCCCUCGUCGGACUUGACGCGUUUGAAGUGCUCAACAAACUACCCGCAAGAUGCACACAGACUGAGGUGGAGGAUGACGACGAGGAAGAGAAGCAGGCCAGACAACAAGCAGACGCAGCAGCAGGAGGUGGAGGCAGCGACGGACUAAAGAUCGCCUGGAGAUACCAGGCCUAUAUCGACGCGGAGAACGCGAGAAAGAAGGAGCGAUUGGCAAACAACAACUUCUGCCACUCAUACGACUUUACGCGCAAGAUGAACGUUCAAUCGUUCGUCCCCGAACAUCUGCACACGUUGACAUACUCUUCACAGGGCCAGGCCGCCGGCGCCUCGCCCUACCGCAACCUUUACAUCGAGAUACAGACAUUGGUCAGGAAGUACAAUGCCGAGGCGGCCGCGACAUCAGAGAGUGGAGGCGCCCCACGCAUCCUCCGUCUGGCGCUUCAAUCAUUUGCCUCGCCACUAUGGUCCAAUGACGUCGAGGGCAUGGUCGAGUUCCUGCAUGCGCUCAAGGGACUGCUGCGCUCGUCGCUCGCCGUCGCAGUCAUCACGGUGCCCACUCACAUCUACCACUCAUCGUUCGUCGCCAAGAUGGCGCAUCUAUGCGACAAUGUCGUGGCGAUCAAUUCAUUCACCGGACUGGGUGGCGAGACCCCUGCCGCCUUUGCCGACUACCUCGGCCUGUUCAACAUCAAGAAGAUUGCCAAGCUAAACACACUGGCGCUGUCCUACCAUCCCGACAUGCUCAACUACGUUUUCAAGAUGAAGCGCAGAAAGAUGGUGAUCGAGACUAUCCAUCUGCCGCCCGAGCUCAGUCGCGCUGGCGACUCAAGUAGCGCAGCAGCAGCCGCCGCGGGCAAGGACCUGGUCAGCAAGAUGAAGUCUGGAAGCGGGAUGCUAUGCUCGACUGGACCCAACAAGCCAAGUCCUAUCGAC